UGCGGUUUAUGAGUGUUUGUUUUUAACUGGGAUUUUUUCUGUUGAAAGUGAACAGAACUUUUAUAAUUAUUCAACAUUAUCUUUAAAUUCCUUCUUUCUGUACAGAGCGAAAAUAUUUUUAUUUUAAUCAUCAUCAUGAACACAUAGUGAUACUGAAACCGUUGUUUGUAAUGAAUGAAUGAAUGCAUGUGUAUAUGACGGACUUUAUGAGGGUGAAUGUGCUGUAAAUCAGUCACAGGAAUUUCUCCGGUUUAUUUUCGGAACAGCGUCACUGACGGCAGGACCGGAGCAGACAGCUGAUCAGCGGAUUCUAAAGGACCUCGUUGAACUCCUUUUAAUUUAUUUCAGCUGAACUGAAAGAUGCUUCAAAAUGGAAAGUCUCAAACGGAGAACACGUCCGAACAAAGCGAGAAAACCGUGUCCGACCUUCUCCCGGUGACACCGGUUCAUCCGAAAUUACAAAUCAAACGUCAUGCCGUGACGGACGAAUAUAAAAUCUCCAGUCAGGUGUUGGGUUUGGGAGUCAACGGAAAAGUACUGGAAUGUUUUAAUAAGAAAACAGGAGAAAAGUGCGCGCUGAAGAUUCUGUACGAGUGUCCUAAAGCCCAGCGGGAGGUGGAGCUGCACUGGCGAGUGUCUGGAGGGCCACAUAUAGUCCGAAUCCUCAGUCUUUAUGAAAACAUGUAUCGUGGGAAAAAGUGUCUUCUCAUCGUUAUGGAAUGUAUGGAGGGGGGAGAACUCUUCAGUAGAAUCCAGACCAGAGGAGACCAGGCCUUCACUGAGAGAGAGGCCUCAGAGAUCAUGAAAGACAUCGGCACAGCCAUCCAGUACCUGCACGACAUGAAAAUCGCACACAGAGACAUCAAGCCAGAGAACUUGCUGUACACUAGUAAAAGUGACACAGGGAUUCUCAAACUGACAGAUUUCGGCUUCGCUAAAGAGACGUCUCUGCACAAUCCGUUACAGACGCCCUGCUACACGCCAUAUUAUGUGGCCCCUGAGGUUUUAGGUCCAGAGAAAUAUGACAAGUCAUGUGAUAUGUGGUCUCUGGGCGUCAUAAUGUACAUCCUGUUGUGCGGGUUCCCGCCAUUCUACUCCAACACGGGACAGGCCAUCUCGCCGGGUAUGAAGCGGCGUAUUCGCAUGGGCCAGUACGAGUUUCCCAAUCCCGAGUGGGCUGAAGUGUCUGAGGAGGCCAAACAACUGAUUCACCAACUGUUGAAGACGGACCCCAAUGAGCGAAUGACCAUUGAGGAGUUUAUGAAGCAUCCGUGGAUCAAUCAAUCAAUGGUGGUUCCACAGACUCCACUUCACACCACACGAGUGCUCACUGAAGACUGUGACAUGUGGGAUGAAGUCAAGGAAGAGCUGACCAGUGCGUUGGCCACCAUGCGUGUGGAUUACGAGCAGGUGAAAAUUAAAGACUUGGAUGCCUCCAGUAACCCCUUACUGAACAAGAGACGCAAGAAAGCCGCUACAGGAGAGAAGAGCGCUGGAUCCGGCUGCAGUAGCCAAUGAGAUACAUCAGUCACAUGAUGAAGGGAAGUGAAAGAACACAUAAAGAAGAAAAAAACAAGAAUGGAAGAUGAGCUCUCCAAAGAACAACAGAAGAGGAGUUGAGAAACAAGAGAAGUAGAGGGAGGAAGAUGUGCUUGUUUCAACACUGAAAACAUUCUUUAGCUCUGAGUGUUUGUGCGUUUACACUCAUGCUUUAUGUAGUGAUCUUUUACUUGAUUAUAUUUGUAUAAAACUCAAGGUCCCAUGAGUCUUAAGGACGAUAAUACUUCUGUGUCAAACCAACACCGUAGCCUGACGAGCACCUCUUCAAGAGGCAGACCACAACAGCUGUGAUUGGUCCGAUUUAUUACAAGAGAGCGUGACAAGAAAUUAUCUGAGGUAGCGGCACAUUUUCUGAAAGAUUAUUUCAUCUAUGCAUCUAUAUCAACUGAUCAGUGAUCAUGUCACAUUGUGUUUGGACUCGUUUCGUUUUUUGUGAGCAUCUGCUUUUUUAUGUUCAGUUUAUUUCAUGGAGUUACAAGCAAAAAUGCAACAAAAGACACAUCUGCUUUUUCUCGGGUCUUUUACUCUAUAUAUUACGUAUAUCUGGUAUGUAGUAUGUCAUUUGUAUUCUGAUCGAGACCUUUCCGAUCUGUAUGAUGUUUUGACCAUAUGUUCAACAGUAUGGUGUACAGUAAAUAAUCAUUGGGCUGCACGAUCUUUGAUAAUUUUUGAUUAUUUUCCUUUAUUUUGUAAUCAUUUUUGAUAUGUUUAUGUACUCUCAAUGGACAUAUCUGUGAUUGGUUACAAUGCACAACCACUGAAUUUUUUUUAUUUAAAAUUUAAAAUUCUCUCAUGAUUUACCUCAUGCCAUCCCAGACGUGUAUGACUUUCUUUCUUCUACACAACACUUUUGAAGAUUUGUAGAAAAAGCUCCAGGCUCAGCAGGUCCUUCAAACGGGAGUGGAUGAUGAUUUGAUAUUUGUAGGUCCAAAAAGAACAGACAGUCAGCAUAAGAGUAAUCCAUCCUAUCUCCAGCGGUGACAUUAAUGACUCUAAAGCGAAUCGAUCACUUUGUGUGUGAAAAGGAACAUUAUUUAAUCACUUUUUAACUAUAAAAGAUUGCUUUCACUCAGGCGUUGACGAAUGGCCGAAUUUACCCGAGUGCUCCUGUGAUGCAAGCGUGAUGGCACGUUUGUUCGAUUCAUUGGUUGUGUGUCUGUCAUGCGUCAGUU